AUGAGCCGCAACAAACCCUCGCUCGUGUCGAGGCUUCCCAAGUUCGGCUACGGAGGCGUCGCCAAGUCCCGAGGACCUGACGACGCCGACGCCGCCACCGCCGGCGAUGACGAAGACGAGAAGAGGUCGAGGCCCUCGCUCGCCUCCACCUUCGGCUUCCGCGGCAAGAAGAACGACGUCGCGAGGAGGCCGACGGCCGGCAUUGCCGCUGCCGGCGAAUCGGAGCGGAGAGAGGCCGAGCCGGCACCGCGAGCGGCUCCCGACGCGGACGCCGCCAACGGAGGCCCCGGGUCGGACGAUCGCGGCGCCGCCCGGCCGCCGCCCGCCCGCUCCCCGUCAAAGCCGCGGGUCGCCCGGCAGGCGUUCGGCUUUGCCGGGCCGGCACGGACGACGAGGGCCCCCCCGCAGCCUGGGCGACGACGGAUUCCCGCCAGAGACGGCGCUCACGCGGGCGCAGAGCUUCUCGCACGCGCUCGCGGCGCCCGCGGCGUCCGCGUCGGUCGGCGCGGGGCUGCUCCCGCCCCUCGCCGGUCAGCUCCAGCGGUCCAAGUCCAUGUCGAAGGCGCUGCAGGCGCAGCCGGGGCACGGCGGCGCGACCUCGCGCUACCGCUUCGGCCGGCCGAACAACGCUUCGCAGCCGAACCUCACGCAGGCCGGCCGGACGAGGCCCAGGGGCGCCGGCGCCGCGCGACCGCCCGGCCCGCUCAGGGGCCCCGCGAGGAGCUCGCCAGCGGACGCGGACGAGGCGCCGACCGUCGCGAGCUUCAUCCCGUCGUCGGCGCUAAAGAAGCCGAGGUUGCCCGGUUUCGCCGCGCCCGGCGCCAACGGCAGGGCCGCUGCCGGGGAGGAGGCCCACUUGCCGCGAAGCCGGCGAGCCCGAAACCCGGCGGGGCUCCGGAAGCCGGGAUUGGCGUUCGCGCGGAGUCGCACGCGGGAGGUCCAGACGACGUCGCUGCUGCCGAGGGGGGAGUGCAGGUGGACUCGGAGAGCCCCACCGAGGAGGUCGACAGGAGCGAAACUGCGUCACUGCAGGACAGCGAGUCGAGCGAGACGAUCGCUCCGCUCCACGGGACCCACGGGGCCCACGGCGCCGUUUGCCACGACACGGUUCCCGACCCCGUCGAGGUCACCUGCUCGGCAGGCAGCGACGACGGCGGCGGUGACGGCGACGACGGCAAAGCCGGUGACGCGGACGACCCGGUGGAUCGGAGCGACGCCGAUCCGGCAGGAGACGGGGAAGAGCCGAUAGGGAGGAGGGAGACGGACGGGAGUGGCGCUUCCGUGGACAGGAACAGUCCGGAUGCCUCGAGGCGUGAGCCGUCCUGCGAGCUCGAUGAUGAUGACCUCAUGCUUGAACUCGAUUUUCCGGAUGAAGCCUCCCUGCUGGCGGCAGCCGCGGAAGCCGAGGGCACGGAUGGAGUGAGGGCGGCUGAGAUGAGGGGCCACGGUCGAGGAGAAGCACGGAGGGAGGCGCGCUCGCACUGGAGGUCCCACGGCGGAAGGUCCGUGGAUGGCGGAACGUCCGCGGCGGUGGCGUCACCGGGAGCCGGGAUUCCCCCGCGUCCCACGGCCGGCCCCCACUCGCGAUCGCCGGCGCCCCCGGGAGAGACGGCCGCUCGCGACGGCUCGGCGGGCCCCACGUGGAGGAGCGACCGCGGCGACGGAGACCGCUUCUUCUCCUCCAACGCCAACGCCGCCGGCAUCACCGGCGCCGGACUGGACCCCGCGUUCCUGCGCCACCUCGUGCAAGACUGCACCGGCAUGAAGACGCUGCUGCUGAAGCUGAAGCGAGCACUCCAGGAGGACGAGGAGCUUGUUUCUGGGAGCAGAACGCAAACGUCUUUGAACUGUCAGUCAGAAGGGCAGGAGAAGACGCACGACAAGGACGCGGCCACCGACGAGGUGACCCGGCUACGGGGGCAGCUGAGAGCGAAGGAGGAGGAGAACGCUCGGUUGAAGGCAGAGCUGGCUCGUCUGAGGCCGGACGGCGUGGCGGGGCCAGACGGCAUGGCGGAGCCGGGAGCCGCGGCGACGGAGGAAAAGUCCACGCAGACGGAACGACGGCGCCGGUCCUCGCUCAAACCAUCGCCUCCUCCCAGUGCUCAGGGCAGCAGCGCGGCUGGAAAUCCCCAAAGGCCGGCGCUCACCGGGGACCCCAGUGACGCCAACGGUGCCGCCCCCCCCCGCGCCGCCGAGAGCGCCCGAGAGGCCGCUUGCCGCGAGGACGAGCUGAGCGCCCUCCUCAGCGCCAAGCUGCGCAUCGACGAGGGCGACGGCGUUCGCGACGCGCCCCCCGUCGCCGGCCGCCCCUCGGGCCGCUUCACGGUCGCGCAGCACCGCGCGUGCCGGCCGCCCUGGCCUCAGCACGGCCACCGGGGCCACGGGCAAACGCAGGCUCCCCCCGGACCGCCGCCCCUCGACGAACCCCGGGCGCCGUUCGUCUCCGGGGACGAGCGGCUCCGACGCGGAGACCCCCCCGACGCCGCCGCCGCCGCGCCGUCCGUGGCCGUCCGGCCGAGGCCGCGCGCGUCUCUCGCGUGGGACGCGCCCGGGGUCGCGGCGGCCCUCCCCGGUCACCCCGCCGCACCGGCCGCCGCGAUCCCCGGUCGGCAGACGCACCGCCCGGCGGCGUUCGCGGGCGAGCGCGGGCCGCCCCCGCGGCCGCCCGGCACGCAGGAGGACGGCGGGGCUUUCCCGGCCGCCCCCGGAGCGCCGGGCGGCGCGUGGGGCCUGCACGCGGUGCCGUCGGCGGGCGCCGGCCGCGACGACGCGGAGCCGCACCGGGUGGCGGAGGGCGGCGCGCGACCGGGGCCCGUGCCCCGGCACGGACGGAGAGCCACCGGGCCCCAGUCGCGGCUGCCAAAGCCGCGGUCGUGAGCGGGGCGACCGUUUGAAUUCGUAAACCGGGGGGGGGGAUAGAGCCGGAACAGUGCACCCCCCCCCCCCCCCAUCGUCAGAUGCCGCCGCGUGCCCUGCCCCCCGCCCCACCUCGUCCCCCCUUUGCUUUGUAAUCCGCUCAUAUUAGCGCAGCACGCAUGGCUUAAUGUAAAAUGCGUUUGGGUUGAGCGGAUACAAAUGAAUGGGAGAUUUUACAUUAGCAGGCUCUGCGUAAUUUAACCCCACUCUAGCCCGCACAAUUAGCUAGACGCUGCAGGCGGGAGCCCGCUUUUUAAUGACGCCUCUUUGGUUUAUCCCAAUUAAGUGAUCUGGGUGGAUGUGGUGAUAAUUGGCCAAAAUAUGGAGUCGACCUAUUUCACAAGGAGGACUGAAAAUAGAUGUAACGGAACACUUGAAAAUGUUUAGUGCGGUUAAUUUCAUUCGUAUCUUACAAACUGUUUGCUUCGAGAUAUAAUAUACAUUCUUAUUGCUGUAAGUUAAUUAAAUGAAAAUACUUACGAGUUAGGCUGCGCUUUGGAAUAAAAAAAAAAUUGAUGUAUUUAAUUACGUAAUAAUUUAACACGUGCAUGCGCGGCUGUUCAUUGUAUACUCGCAGCAGCAUUACCUCUUGGACACUGGAUGAGAAUGUAUUGCCAACAAUUAAGGCCCCGGCAAGCAUUGGCAGAGAGUGGGGAGGGCACAGAAACGAGUUCGGGAAGCGUGUGCAAUCAACAGAGGAAAUGAAUGCAAUGUCGCUGGCAAGGUACCUUGGGUGGGUAGGUGCCUAUCGAGCUGUGUGUUACAGGGCGCCUCCCCUGUUGUCCGUCUGCACAGUGUGCUCAGAGAGCGAGUGGACGGAGAAAAGAUGGAAUUGGGCACUCCACGGUUUGUCGUGCGUGCGUGCGUGGGGAGUGGUGGGUGUAGUGGUUAGCAUGCUGCGCUACGAAUCCGGUGGCCCGAGUUAGAUUCCCGCUCACGGCUGACACCAGUGCUGAUUAUCUGAUACGGUCCUGGGCCUCCCCUAGGUCGACUCAACCCUCAAAUGAGUACCUGGUGCGUUGUGAAAACAUCACCACUGUGGAGACAAAUGCGGCCGGGCGUGGUGCUGGCCACCCACCCCCUCGUGUGCCGUGCCGGCCUUCAUAGCUGCUCGCUAACAGCACUUGCUCCUACAGUUUGUUAAGGCUAUAUGGGGAAUCUUUGUCUUUGUUGCGUGGGUGUAUGUGUGUGACGAAUCCGUAAAUACUCACAUUUGAUUCCGGGCCACGGCCAAGAUCAGUGGCGAGAGAUACCUAAACCAGACCUUGGGUCUCUUCCCUGGAUGGUCUCGGCUUCAAAUGAGUACCUGGUGCGGUGUGUAAACUUCAGCGCUGGGGAGUUUAAGGUGGCUGGGCAUGGUGCCUGCAACACCCCGGCCCCUUGGUAUGCUGCACGAUCUAUUUGGCCAUACGGGGAUGGUCGCAUCGUUGUGUGUAUGGACCACACAGCUGAUAUGCUGAGAGUGCAGCUUGUCUCCGUUUGUUUAGCUCGUAUCGCCGAAGUGAUGGUGCUGCGCUUUUUGCCAACAGUCGCCACUCAACUCUGCGAUAGUGAACCAGCCCGUGCCAAGCAAUUCAUAGCAAUGUGUCACUUGGACGAAUGGAAUCGUAAAAUUAUGCACUGACGGCUGGACAGACGGACCGGCAGACUGACAGAUGGCUAUAUUGGACAGACAAACAGAUGUUGCCGUGCCACUAAUGUCCACGAUAGUCCCAAGUUUUAUGUUGUUGUUGUUGUUGUGAUUCCCCAUUGCCAACGUACCUGCCAGCCAUUCGGAACGCGAAUAGCGCUUCACUAUUUCAUCCCCAAUUGUUACUCGGACACACGGCGCUAAUCAUUAUUAACACAUUAUAAUGUGCGCGUACAAAAAAACUAAGUCCAGAUCAAGAGGUCACCGUUGCCAUUGAUGGCACAACAGCUCCCACGUCACUUCGUUGUCUCAGAGUGGACACCCGACAUUUGAGGCCUCGACAUCUGGCUGUGUCACGUGGCCAGCACGGCCUUCAAGGGCCCCUCAUGCAGUCUCAAUACCACCGCCGCCACCAGCCUGGUUGUCAACCUCACUGACAAAGGGGGAAACGAUCUGAAACCGAGCCACGGUGUUGUGACUGAGAUGGUACCUCUUGGAAGGCGGGUGGUGACAUUUCCACUCCGUGGCUUCUACGAGUAUAAAUGAGAAUCAGAGGUUUUGUUUCGAGGGCGACUCGGCCGGCAGACAUCAAAGCAAUGAUGCGAUGGCGAGGUGUUGUGACGGCAGCGUCAUUGGCCGCAAUGACCUACUGACCUUCCACCUUGCCCUAACUCUAACGGUCUCACCAUCACCAGCAUCUGACGUUCGGUGUUCCCUCUGCGUGCCACUCCAAUGUCCGGUCUGGGUUGCCUGCCCUCCACCACCCUGUACACGUGUUCCACCCAUCACAACCCCCUGCACCACCCUGUACACGUGUUCCACCCAUGACAACCCCCUCUAUGUCCUGUACACGUGUUCCACCCAUCACAACUUCCUCCACCACCCUGCACACGUGUUCCACCCAUCACAACCCCCUGCACCACCCUGUACACGUGUUCCAUCCAUCACAACCCCCUCUAUGUCCUGUACACGUGUCCUACCCAUCACACCCCCCUCCACCACCCUGUACACGUGUCCUACCCAUCACACCCCCCUCCACCACCCUGUACACGUGUCCCACCCAUCACAACCUCGUCUUGUUUACAGCUCCAGCCCUUUCGUUGCCACGUUCUUUUCUUUUUUAACUGCAACACUGUAUUACGAACUGUAAUCCUGAUGUAAUUUGGCGAUAGUGUCGAAGUGGACGAAUACAUAAGAAUCCGCAUAUAAGCACACCGUGUCUAAGCACAUGUCUGAUGUAAGCAACAAACAAAAAUACUGAACACGUUCGUGAAUGACACAAUUAAUGACCUUGAAAAGAAAGGUUUUAUAAUAGGCGACGUUUCGGGAAAGGGCCCAUCUUCACGGCACACAGAGGCCCAAAGGUAGAGAGGUCUAAUUGGCCUAAUUGGUCUCUCUAUGCACCGUGAAGAAGGGUCAUUACCUUAAACGUCGCCUGUUAUGUUCUUUUUUAAGAGAUAACUAUUUGCUGUUGUUUGUGCUAACGCACCACUGCCAAUGUAGUAUCGCCAAAUAAAUCGAUAAGGGCAACACGUGUUUAACAUUAUACUGGUGAUGGUGAAGGGCAACUUCUGACACAAGCACGCUACUUCGGAUAUAAGCACACUGCUGGCCUUGCUCCCAAGGUGUGCACUAUAUAUCCAGCUUCCACAAUUCAUGUUUGUUUGUUUUUUACAACUUUGCUUGCUAAGAAAUAGGAGUAAAACGGGAGGGCGGUGAGUGGAUGGGGGGAGGGGUGGAAACUAUCAAAUCGGGGUGCAAGUGCGGAGCGCGUGGCUGGGAGAUGGGAGUGGGCCCCACACUUUGUUCACAAGGUAGAGAAUGCGCCUCAAAAGAAUAGAGCUGGGGGUAUGCGCGCUUUUUUGACACGGGUAUAUCAAGAGAGAGAAAGAGAGAGAAACACCACGGCGGUGCGACAUUGUGGACGAUGCCUUCCCGUCUCCGUGACAGCGUGGAGUUGUCGCGGUGGCCACGUGCGUGCGUGGCCACGUGAUCGUUGUUCGUGGGAAACUGGAACGGCGGCGGCGGCGGCCGAUGAUGCCCUCCGUGCUCGUGUCCAGGCACAGCUUGGCACGCCGCGCGAACCAGAGACCGAGAGAGACGGGAAGGAAACGCGUUUGGGUCUUUGUUGUUGUUAUUGUUAUUUGUUUACGCUCUUCUAUGAAACUUGAGUGCAAUGCAAACCUCCACCCACGUGAUUUGGACCCACAGCCAUAGCGAGGUGGAUAUACUGGAUGUGGUUGCGCCGGGUGCAGGGAUAUUUCCGGGACGCCGACCCAGAGAAAAUGAAUCCCUGCCCUAUAUUCGUUGUUAUUAUCCUUUGAUAAUUUUUUUCUGUUGAGAAAAGUGAUUUCCAGCUGUCAGAUGAAACAGGUGUUCGGUAUAAUGUCCUUCCAACCCCAUUAGCAUUACUCAUUUGGUCUCAAAAGCAUGAAAUCUCACGUCUGAUAUUUUGUUUUGUACAAUUGUGACUUUUACUCUACGAUCCACAUUUAAUUUCAGCUUCCUCCACUUGUGUUUUUAUGCAAAACCAUUGUCUCAUCACACUUGGGUAACAAUAAAAUAAA